CAAGGCUGAAGUCUACCGUAAGUGUCAGUAGAUGUCGGCAUGCGAGGGGGAAAUGGACUACGAACCCUCAAACUGUGCAGAAAGGACCUCCUCAAUGUUGCGCGGUUCUACUGUAUUGAUGCCACGAGCUCCAACUGUGACUCGUCAGUGCCAAAGGCUCCAUCCUUCACCUAGACACCUACGCAAUUGUUGCUCAUGAGUAGGGCCACUGGAUUCCACUACGUCCAAGAAGAACUGAAGUAUAGUCUGCGCUCUUGCGUGUUGCCCAACCCUGAGAAGCAGAUCCAGGCCUUCCGGCCACUUCGCUGCCCAUCUCCGUGGUGCUUUGCAUCCCAUUUGCGCUGCAUAUUGGUCUUCCUCCUACCACAUAUCAGCGACAGUACGACGAAAUGACUCGGACGCGCGUACUCUACGCUCAACCUGGCGUUUCCAGAUCUUGUAGCCUACAAGGCUAAGGACGACUAGAAGUAAGGC